GGAUUGGCAUAGCGCUUUAGUUGUCUAAAGGUUGCCACCGCGAACGGAUCGAAAUGCAGGCUCAAAAAAACGUUUUUACGAUUUUGGCAGCCUUAUGCAUCUGCGGAAAUUUAUUGAGUGUUACCGGGAGUCGCUUGAGGAUGCCCAUGUUGCCUGCGGCACUCGAAGGUUUUAGCUGCCGAAACGACAGCAUCGGUUUCAACUUUAACCUGAAGCGACUCUCUGGCUACUGGUAUGAGGCUGCCCGAGUGCCCAAUGUCCAGGUGCUGGAGUGCCUGAAUGUGUCCGUUCCCGCUGAGAUCGAGGACAACACCCUGUCGCUGGACUUGAACUUCAUCAGCACAGUUAACAAUGAGUGGCACUUCACCGAGGACUCCGUGGACUUUCCCUGGGACAACUCGACCCAGUUCGGGAUCUUCGACCUGCAUUACGAUACGGUCACAGUCACCUACAAGUUGAUGUACACGGACUACAAGACCUUUGCCCUCAUCUGCGGAUUCGGCAGCAUCUCGCCAGUGCCGCUCUUCAAGCUCUUCACUCGGCAGCGGGAGAUCAACCAGACGAUGAUUGACUUGGUCCAGUUAAUAGCCGAGCAAAACGGCGUUGCUUCCCAGAUUGCGUGGGACAAGCAGUCCCCGGAUGAGUGCAAUGGAUCCACCGGUCCAGCUCCUUUGGCCAUUCUCAUCGGCUCCAUCACUCUGCUCUGGGGCCUCAGCUGGGGAAAACGAAUUUGUACUUAGGCUAUGUUAUUUACUCACUUGUGUUGUUACAACUAUCAGUACAAACUCUUAUCAAAUUCGUCUAUUUAAUUUCAAAUGCACUUUGCUUUAUUUGGGGUCAUUAAAAAAAUACGGUCGACGUUUGUUGUCUUUUUGGUCACGACAAACAAAUUAUGACAUAAUUAGACACGCAAUUAAAAUAAAUUGAAUCUAUUUCUUACUAAUUAAA